UACCCAUUGGGUCUCGCAACCGGGUCGGGUAGACCCGACCCGUCUCACGAAAAUACAUUUCUAAUUUCUUAAAUAAAAAACACGACCUCUUACUACCAAGUACUUUUCUGGCAAUAAUAUGGUACAUGAACUAUAAUUACUUGUUUGUAACUACUCAACCAAAAGUAACAAUUUAAACAUGAAAGAUCGAGAUCUACACAUUCAAAAUGUAACACAUAAGGUGCACUGGUUUUGCGACAGGGGAAUAAACAUAAGUUCUACAAAAACGUAAGUUUAAUGUAACAAAUAAGGUGCAUUGGGCAACUGCAAAAACAUAAGUUAUCCAGGCCAAAAGCCUCUUUGAAUAUGUGAUAAUAAAAAUAACAAAAACCAAAAUAACUUCAUCUGACUUUUACAAAAGCAUAAUUCCAAAAGUAUACUCCAGUAAGUUGACUUCACUUUGAAAAGAGCAUUUACAUUCUGCAAAAACAUCAUGGUACUACAAUUAUGACUCUUCCGGUGUUCUUCUGCUGCAAGUGUAGAAUAAUUUUGCAAGAUAGUGUUAAAAUAAAGAGUAAAAUUAAUGGUUUUGGAAAUUGAUAUAUGUUUUCUCGCACUUAAAAAUUGUUGUAGAAACGUUGUUGAAAGUACGAGUAUCGUCUCCACAGUGACGGACAAAAUGGAAUUAAAGAUUAACUAAAUUCAGCGAUAAAAAGAAAUAAAUAAAAUAAAUUGCAAUUGUGCGAAUUUGGUUGGUUGAGUAAAAAUAAAACUAAUGCUAAUGAGCGAGUAAAAAGAUUGGGUUUUCCUUAAUUAACGACGAAGGGAACAUGAAUUGAUUCCGGGUUAACCAGAUUUCUGGCAGAUCAGGCCUAAUUACAUGAAAUUGAUUUAAUUGAACCUAACUAAUCAUUACUAAUGUUGAGGGUAAAUCCCGUAGAUCCGAAAGCCCAACACGAACUUUGGAUAUAUCAGGAAUGGUACAGAAUCAAAGUGUAUAAAAAAUAUAAGAUAUGAACUCACUAAUACUCGAAAGCUCACUUGUAUUAACUAACCAGUCUGAUUACAAGGAAUUUCCCGAUCGGUAGGUCGGAAACAAUGCUUUAAUACAAGAAAUAAAAGCAAUGAUGCUAUUCUAGAGCCUGAGUAUUGAAAUGCUAACCCUUACAAUGAUUUUAAACCUUCUAUUUAUACUAAUGGAGAGCAUGGGUUGCCCUGUGCUGAUUGGCUGUUGCUCCACCGACUUGGUCACCCAUGUUUCCACUUGCUGAUGUCAUAAUCUGGCAUUAAUUGCACCUGGCCAGUUGCCGGUUGUCCGUUGCUCGAACGGGAUGUUGGACUUUGCUGAAGACGCUGUCAAAUUGGCCCAAGUAUGAUAUAUAGUCCGAUCUCCGUUCGGUAUGUUUUCUUUCUGGGCCAACCCUUAUUUGGGCCGAAUCUCGUUCGACAUGAAUUCUUCACUGGAUCUACUCAUCACAGAGUGAUGGGCCCGUUACUUGGGCCGGGUAUCUUGGGCCUUCUUGAUCCGGGUAUUGGGCCUCUAGGUCAAUAUCCCAACAUAAGUCCCCCACUUCCGAUGUCUCGAACAACAGUGAGUGCAUUAGGAAGUAUGAAUACCAAUGUUGCAAUUCGCCGAAUGGCGAUCGGGGUACAGAAGUAAUCAGUUCCCCAUGCUGUGAUUUGACGGAUGCCGCUUCAUUUCCCCAUAUUCAUCAUGGUAACCGUCGUUUAGUCUUUUCAUUAGACACGCGUUUAGCUUAAAAGCUCCCAAUGACGUGUCGCUCCCUGAUUGGUUCUUGAUACGGCGGUUUCAAGGCUAUAAAUUAGCCCUUAACCUUCCAAAUCCGGGUUUCGAUUCUGUAAUCUCCCUCGCAUCGUUGCUUCCUCUGAAAUUUCUCCCAACUUUCGUCGCUCAGGUACCCUUCCUCCCUUUAUUCUUUAUCCUCAUUUCUGGCUCGAUCGACAUGAGUUCUCAACAGCAUUCUUCUGAUUCGGAGAUGGCCUCCCGUGGAGAUGACUGUGACGCUGCCAUUGUGGAAGUCAUCACAGUCCCAUUCGCCGGUGGUUCUACUGAAACGACGACAAAUACCAGGGCUGAGGCGGAGGACCUUCCUAGCACUUCAUCUUCCUCUGGUGAAAGCUCUGAUGGCACAAAAUCUGAGGAUGAAAUGGUUUUAAUGGCGGCUGGACGGCCAAAAGAUGUUCCCCGUCAUUCCCUCGACCUAGGUUUAAUUAGGGCAAGACGGCAGAAAUUGACUGCCAAUAAUAGGGCCGAAAUUCCGGCCCUAAUCCCUGACCCAGUGGACUUUAGAUUGCAAGCUGGGCUUCAUCCCCUGCGUCAUGCCCCUGGGAUGACCGUGGUCCAUUUCGAUUCAGUGAGGGCUGGGCUUAGAUUUCCGUUACACCCCUUUUUUAUUUCAUUUUUCAAUUUUUAUGAAAUAGUACCUGCCCAAGUCAUGCCGAACUCCUAUCGGGCAAUGGCGGGCUUUAUCUGUCGUUGUAAAGAUGUCGGUGCUUCGCUGACCUUAGAUUUAUUUCAUCAAUUUUUCAAAGUAGCCCCUCAACAAACUCAUGGGUACCUAGCUGCUAGUUCCCGAACGGGCCACGUCCUAUUCAAAGGCAAUCCAACCUCAAUCAAGGGAUGGAAAGAUAGGUUUUUCUUCGUGUCUAUCCCGGACGGGUUGAUCCCUCAUAAAUGGAACGUCUUUCCUCGCAAGACUCCCGACCCGGUUCUCACUGAGGAAAUUUAUAAGGACGUACUUGCUGUGGAGAAAGACAAGUGUUGUGAUAUCAUGACCUACCUGACUCCCGAUCGGCUUGUUAAAGCCGGGAUAGGUACUGCCCGUUCUCUUGGGUUUACUUGUUUUGAGAAUCAAGUGUCAUAGUCCGGGCGGUCCUUCCCGUGCGAGAAACGUUCCCUUCUUGUUACUAGUUUCUCACAUGCUAAAGGCCGCUUGGUACUAACAUUUUCCUUUGUCAUUUUUCAGCUCCCAAUCCAGACGCUACUAUGGAUGACAGCCGUGUGCUCCUUGCUGGCGGGAUCGGGAAAAGGAAGAAGAAAAUGAAGAGGAAUCCAAAAGUUGAUUCACCCACUACUGCUGCUCCUCAACCCGAACCUGCAUCGACCGUUCAGCAACCGGAGCCUAUUCAGCAAUUCUCCGGUCAUGAUCAUUUUGACGCCAUGAUGAUCGAUGACCGCUUUAGUUCUGAUCAACUGCAUCAGUUCCCCCAACACUUUGAUUCCGUUCAGGGGGAACCCUCGAACGUAGGCGGGACUCAUACCGACCAUAUCACUGGUCAGGUCGAGAGGAUCUCUUUAUCGGAUCCUGUUCACGAGGUGUUAGAAAGGGCUGGUUCUACCACGAGCCAGAUCUGGUCGACAUCCUCCUGGUUCAACAAUUUCUCCCUUCCCCAGUUACCGGUCGAGCAAUCCGAAGAAUGCCUGGCCUUGACCGCACUGAAGGUAUAUUAUCUUUUGCGCUUUGUUUUUAUUUUAUUCUCUGUAAUCAGUACUAACUCUCGAACGGUGCCUUGUAGAUGGGUUUGUACACCUUGCAAAUGCGGGAAGCCCGUCUGGCCAAGGAACGGGAACUAAUCAUUGCUCAAUCCUCUGCUGAGCAAACCGCUGCUGCUGCCAUCACCUCCUUGGAAACCGAACGGAAGGCUUUGGCGGAGGAAAAACAAAGGCUGGAUGCUGAGCUUGGUACCCUUCGGGUCCAACUUGCUGCUUCCCAAGCGAAGGUCAUCGCUGCCGAGGCCGCACAGAUCAAGUUUGAGGAGAUGCCUUCCAGCAUCCCGGACGGCCCAUAUGAGGUGAAUGUGGAUCUAUCCGCUGUCCGGGAAACAUUCAAAUCCUCUGAUGAAUUCUCCAUCAUCAAGGACGAUCAUGCCAGGACGCAAAUCCCGUUCGCCUUUGGAGCGUACCUGAAGGGUUUUCCUAGAGGUGCUGGUCGGCUCUCGGCAGGGGUGGCUCUUCUGGAUAAGGAUCCUGAGAGCAAGAAAUGGAAUGACUCCAUUGUUGCAGAUAUUUAUGCCAAGAUCGGCCAGGUCCUGCUACGUCCUUUUGUAGCCCAACUUCAGAACAAUCUUGGGAGGCCGGUUCGGGCUUCUGAUCUUCCCCAAGAUGAAAUUAUACAAGCUCAGUUUGAAAAAUUCCAGCGAGAUCUGCAACGGGAAGCUGAUCGGGCUGCUGGGAGAGAGCCUGAACCCCCGUCUGAUGAUGAUGAAGACGAGGAUGAAGAUGGAGAGGAGAGGGCCCCUGGCCAAUAAUCUAGAUGUUUAAUUUCCUUUUAAUCGUUUUAAUUCUCUUUCCUUUCAAGUAGCUUGUAUUAUCCGGCCAGUAGAGCCGAUGAAUACAGACCUUUUGUUUUGCACAAAACAUAUUAUACUGUCUCUUUUGCGUUUUUUUGAAUGAUUGCUCACCAUUCGGGAUUCGACCCGCUUUGUUGGACUUCAUCAAUUUUCUGACUUUCUUUUUUACUUAACACUCCUAACACCGUAUGAUCACCGCUCGGGCAUUGGAGGGUUCUGAUAAUUUACCAAGGAUAAACCCCCUUCUUUCUAGGACUCAGCCGUUCGGGCUUCAGAUCAAUUCUUAGGACUUAGCAGUUUUUUUUUUGUUUCAGAUAAUCUGAUAAUCUACCCGCACUUGGCUUCCUUCAUGUGUUGGUAACCGUUCGGGCUUCAGAUCAAUCUUUAGGACUUAGCAGUUUUUCUAACCAGCAAGUCCCUGUGAUUUUUGCUAAUCCUCUGUAAGCCCGUACGUCAUUCGGUAAUCGGUGAUCUAAGUAGAUUUUAGCCAUUUCCCCGUGAUCUUCAUUAAUCCUUUGUAAGCCCGUUCGGGGUACGUGCCCAAAGAUGAACCAUAAAUGCUCCUGAUUAAUCGUAACCACUUAAUGCCACAUGUUGCUCAUGGAUUAGGGUUUUGUGCGGCACUUUCCCUAUUUAUAGAGAGGUGCUUUCCCCUAAUUUCUCCUGUUGUUUCCUCAUUUUUCCUUCUAAGUUUAGAAUUCUCUUGCGUACUUUCAAGCUUUCUCUCUCUAGAAUUCCCAGAAUUUCCCCAGUGUUUUUAUGUAUUACCCCUCUAGCUCAGAAUCUGAAGAGAUGCCGUUGAUUCGCCUAAGUAAAACAUCUGCUGGAAACAAGGCCGAAGGCUCUUCUUCCCAAACCCCUAAACCCAGCAAUCCUCAGGCAGGAAAACACACCGAACAGCCACAAGAUGAUGGAUGCCUAUCGGGUGAUGAUGUCCAGGUGUAUAACAAGGGAAUGCCCGAACGGCCACCCCGCAUUGCCCUACAUUUUACUCGUAUCCGCAAACAAAAACAACGCCUCCCAGAAGAUAUCGAACGACAACUUAGCCAGAUGUUGCCCCCACCAAGGGAAUACUAUGCUGGAUUUAUUAGACACCCGAUGAGGCAUCGACCGGGGCACGUGCUAGUACACCUUGACGCUUUGACUGCUGGGCUUCGCUUCCCUCUCCAUUCGUUCAUCGUGGAGUUCUUGCGCCGGGUUUCUGUACUACCUGCCCAGUUCGUGCCCAGUACCUACUGCAUCCUUACAGGCUUCAUAAUUCGAUGCCACGAGUUGAGGAUCGCUCCAAUUGUCGACUUGUUCCUCCACCACUACUGCUAUCAGCCUUACUGGACGACCGGGUACCUGAAGCUGGUAGCUCGUUCUGAUCGUCAGCUGUUCACAGAAAAUCUCACUCCGCCGGCUGACUGGGAGGAGCGUUUUUUGUUUGUUCGGGUAGGUGAUUCUCUGCCAUUUCCGGAUAGGUGGAACGCCUACCCCGUUCGGGAUUCUCAGCCCAGGGUAGAUGCCGUUCUACGCUCCCAAGCCGAGUCUUUGCGGAUGGGAGAAACCCGAAGUCUCCGGAGUUUUGUCACUACUUCAAACAUGUUAUCUGCCGGAAUUGGUAAGCGUAGCACGAUUUUAACCCGAUCGUCCUUCCUUCUUUCAAUUUAGCUUUGUCUCUUAUUCCCAUUUUUUGCAGGUGUGAUAUCUCCCAUACCCGUCCGGCGUUCUAUCUCUUCCGCUACUCUGACGGCUUCUUCCGGCAAAGGCAAGGAGAAAAUGAUAGCCGAUCAUGCCUCUGCGGAGCAAACCCGGAAGAAACGCAAGGGGAAUGAUGGCAAUCAAUUGAUCCCGAUCGACCGUGUGGUUGAUUUGACCGGGUCGGAGGGUGAACCCAAAAAAUCUGCGCCUGCCAAAAUGACAACUCCGGCUAUCUCUGACGCACCGAUCGAUGAUCGGAUGUUUGUCGAAUUUUCGAACAUGGGGCCCAGAUAAGAAGGGAGGUAUUUGUUCGAGCUGAUGCCAUCUUCCAUGUGGUGUCAUACUGCGAUCAAGGUUCCCCCGAGCUUCACGAACUUGACCCACUGGUCGGACCUUUUUGAAGCAGGUCACCAGGAAGCACUCAAGGUCGGUGUAUACUAUCACAAGGCCUUCCUUGCGGCCGAAAAGGAAAUGAAGGCCCUGGCCAGCGAUCGGGAUGACAACCAGACCCUUCUUUCUGCCGCUCGGAAAUUAGCGGCCGAUCUUCAAGAGCAGGCCAAGGAGGGUGAGAAGGCAAAAGCUGCUCUGGCUGAGAUGCAGGAAAAAUCCCGACGUCGCGACCGGGAGAUUAAAGAACUCCGGGCCAAGGUGCGAGCUGCUGAAUCCGUUGGGAUCAAAUUCGACAAAGCCGUUGGUGAUCAUUUGCCCGAACCAUAUACGGUCAACACUUCCCAAAUUGCACAUCAAUCGAUAGUUGAUUUUCAACGGGGUAAGGGGCUGAACGUCGCUCUGGAGAACACGGCCUGGCAGUUCCUGGGACCUCACCUUGGCCAAUUCUUACGUGAAAGCGAAGAUCCCAUCAAGGCAGGGAUCGAUCUCCUGGACAGCACGCCGGAAGGGAAAUCUUUCUUGGAUGUCCUGACCGAGAAAACUGUGAAGCAAAGUCAGGACCUACUUCUGGAUAGGAACCUCGAUUUGAUCCUAGAACAUUUCCCGAAGCCGUUCGACCCUAAUGAAUUAGGUUUUGACGAUCUGUUCGGGAAUACAUAUGACCGUAUUAUGGAGAAAAGGUCCAAAGCAGCGCCCGAUGAUGCAAUACAGGCAGGGAGCUCUCAACCUCCAUCUUCCCCGAACGGCAAUCCUCCAGUAGCAUAGCCUUGUAAUUUUUUCUUUUUUAUCCUUUGUUUUUCUUGUAUAUUCCGGCUAGUAAUGCCGAAGAAUAAACUGGACUUUUUUCUUUAAUUGUUGAUGUCUUUCUUCUAUUUUUCCUUUGAUUUUUCUUGUUCACAAUCCUUUCUAUGUGGCCGAAUAUCACUCGGCUCAUGUAUCUUUAUGUCUGACACCUUUCCCGAGCCCGUUUUGACCCCUUUUCCGUUCGUGAUCCACGGGGUCAAAACUCUUAGCUGAGGUGAAUACCUCCAAGCCGUUUUGAUCGUGACCACAGGGUCAAACUCUCAGCUGGGACAGGGGCUCCCUCCAAACUGUUAACCCAUUCGUCAUUCGGUCAUCCGAAAUGAUCUCAUGUGUUAACAAGCUGAGGUGAGGCUAUCUCUUCAAAAUUGUUCUGACACCCUUCCCGAGCCCGUUUUGAUCCCUUUUCCGUUUGUGAUCCACGGGUUCAAAACUCUUAGCUGAGGUGAAUUCCUCCAAGCCGUUUUGAUCGUGACCACAGGGUCAAACUCUCAGCUGGGACGGGGGCUCCCUCCAAACUGUUAACUCGUUCGUCAUUCGGUCAUCCGGAAUGAUCCCAUGUGUUAACAAGCUGAGGUGAGACUAUCUCCCUUCCAAACUCAUAAUUCCGAUGCAUUUCGAACUAUUCUCUCUGGCUCGUAUCAUCCAUAUUAGGGGUCUGAGGUAACCCUUUUCGAAUUGUAAGCAAGGUCACCGGAUUGGGUCAUUCCUUACUUAUAGCUAAAAGGGCGACUCGCUUCCGAAUCAAGUUAAUGACUGAGGCGAGAUUUUUCAAAACCAUAGUUCUGAUUCCCCGGGCGACAAUCCGUACCUUAUCCGAAUGUCGCUCGGUCAAUCCAUAUCUUACAGUCUUGACACCAUCUCCAAGCCGUUUUGAUCCCUUUGCCCGUACGUAAUUACAGGGUCGACUUUGGCUAAGUUGACGACUCAGCUCCCUCCAAACUGUUAACUCGUUCAUCAUUCGGUCAUCCGGAAUGAUUUUGCGUGUUAACAAGCUGAGGUGAGAAUCACUGUCCUCGAAUCCAGGCCAUUUUGAUCCCUUCAUCAAUGCGUAAUUACAGGGUCAAAACUCUUGCUGAAAUAAUGUCUCCCUCCAAACUGCUAAUAUGUUCAUCGUUCGGUUGUCCAGAACGAUUCUCAUAUUAACCGCUGAGGUGAGACUAUCUGAGUGUCAAACUCCAAGCCGUUGGCUGAGAAUGACUUUCCUUCCACGCUGUUAACUCGUUCGUCAUUCGGUCAUCCGGAAUGAUCGUGUUAACCACGGGAACCGAUUUUCUGAGCCUCAGUUCUUCAAGCCGUUUUUGAUCCCUUUAUUCGUUCAUAAAUCUAGGGUCAAAAACUCCCUUAGCUGAGAAUGAUUUUCCUUCCAUGUUGUUAACCCGUUCCUCAUUCGGUCAUCCAGAAUUAUCGUGUUAACCAUGGGCUGUGUUUAUGUGGAAGUUAUGUCUCCCUCUCUAUACAUUUUUUUUUCAGAGGUGGCAACAGCCGUUUUUACUGAUAAAAUUUCCUUAGAUGUUCAACAUUCCAAGUACCUGCCGGUCGAUCUUCGGUAUUUUGUAGGCCAAACGUUCCUGAAGCAUACUUCUUACAUAUUUGGUAGGGGCCUUCCCAAUUUUGUGCCAUUUUUCCACCUUCGAGAGGUUUGCUUUUUUCUCGCUUCCUUAGCACCAGGUCCCCUACCUCGAUUGAACGAACUUUAACUUGCUUAUCAAAAUAUCUUCUUGUGGCUCUGUGAUACUCUUCCUUUCGUGCAGCCGCCAGAUCCCUUCUUUCUUCUAUGAAAUGCAAUUCGGCCCGUAAGUUGUCCUCAUUCUGUUCUGGGCUGUAAUGCACCGUUCGGUGUGUGGGAACUAGGAUCUCCGUUGGUACUUUGGCCUGGAAACCAUAGGCGAGGGCAAAUGGAGUUUCUCCCGUGGCCGUUCGGGGUGUGGUCCUGUAAGUCCAUAAAAUAUAAUUUAACUGAUCAAGCCACGAUGAGGAGUAUUCUUCCAGCUUCUUCUUCAUACCAUCCAUGAUAGUACAGUUCAUAUUCUCUACUUGGCCAUUCGCCUGAGGGUACGCCACGGAUGCUCUGGAAUGCUUGAUUCCCCAUUUGACCAGGUAGUUCUCAAAAUUCCGGCUCACAAACUGCCUUCCAUUAUCAGUUACAAUCUGCUCAGGGAUUCCGAAACGGCAAAUGAUAUUCCUCCAGACAAACUUUUGACAUUUAACAUCCGUGAUGCUGGCCAGUGGCUCGGCCUCUACCCAUUUGGUAAAGUAGUCUAUCCCCACGAUGAUAUACUUGUUGUUCCCAGGGGCCGUAGGUAGAGAGGACCUAAUAGGUCGAUCCCCCAUCUUGCGAACGGAAGGGCCACCGUCAUUGGAGUGUAGAAAGUGGCAGGCCGUCCGGGGACCGGUGCGUACAGUUGGCAUACUUUACAUUUCCUAGUAUGUGCAAAGCAGUCUUGUUGGAUAGUCGGCCAAUAAUACCCUUGCAGGAUGAUUUUCCUGGCCAGUGUCUUGGGCCCUUGGUGGCUGGAACAGAUACCUUCAUGAAUUUCUUCCAUUACGGCCGCCGCUAGAUCGGGUGGGAGGCAUUUCAGAUACGACCCACCAAAUGUCUUUUUGUACAGCUGCCCGUCCACCAAUUCGAACAUGGAAGCCCUCCUCUGGAUGCAUUUUAUCUGAUAAGCAGGAUUUUUAUCUUGUGGGAGGGUUCCGUCUUUCAGGUAGUUGGUCAUAUCUAUGACCCAGCUAGGGACGGCAUAAGAUAUGGCCUCGAUCUGGAGCACCAUGAUUGCUGGGGUCGCCAAUGUUUCCCGAUGGGUAAAACGUUAGAUAUGAGCCAGGAUCUCCUGUGCCCGAUCGUCGAACGCUGCAUUUUCUAACUUGGAUAGGAUAUCUGCUUCAGUAUUUUCAAUCCUGGAUAUUUGGUCGAGCACCACCUGUUCAAAUUUACUUAUCUGCUCCUCAACUAUCUCCUUGUAGGCCUUCAUUCUCUCUUCUUUAGCCUCAGCAGUGUCGUUUACUUGAUGUACCACCAAUUGACUAUCCGACCGGACUUUCAACCGA